CUACUUUUCCUUUUUAAAUUAUUUGUCAAUAAUGCGGAACAGUUAUAUAUACGCCCUCUCUUGAAUAGACCCGCUGAAGUCUGAAGUGAUAACUGUUAAUUUGUCAUUUAAUGUGAAAUGGUGAAUAUUGAUAUUGAUGUAGGAUAUGUAAGCAAGAAAGCAAUAAGUUGAAUAGAUAUUCAGCUCUUUGGAAGAUUUUUCAAUUAUAGUAUUACUUGUAGAAAUCAUCAUAUCUGAUCAAGAUACUCACUAACAGAAUGAAGAAAGAAACACAACAUAUAAAAUUUUUGCUAUUAGUUGUAUUCGUGGCACUUUCAUGUUUCUGUGUAGCAAUAAUUAACGAUUUAAUGUCGCCAUUAAGCAACCCGAUAUUCUCAAAUGGCGCCCACGUAAAUAAUCGCUUGAUGCUAUGGAUGGAAGAGCCAACGCCACAGAGUCACAGUACUCCGAAUACUCGAGCAAUAAGAUCAAAAACAUUUUACCCUAUUGUGUCACAGGGUUAUAAAAUAAACAACAAGGACAUAUGCAGAGGAGUAGAAAAGGUGUCUGUGAUAGUUAUCGUCCACACAGCUCCGAGUCAUUUCCUACGCCGAGUCAGAAUGAGGAAUACAUGGCUUAAUUCUACAUAUUAUAGUCCCGAAAAUGUCAGGGUUGUGUUUCUGCUCGGUCUAGUCCCUGAUUUGAUAACACAGUUAAAACUUGAACAAGAAAGUAAAAUAUAUAAAGAUAUAGUACAAGGAAACUUUAUAGAUUCCUAUCGAAAUUUGACACAUAAAGGAGUUACCGGAUACAAAUGGAUAUCAGAACAUUGUAUGAAUGCUGAAUUAGUUGCUAAAAUAGACGAUGAUGCUUUUAUUAAUUUCUUUAAAUUGUUCGAAGAUAUGUCAGAUCUGAAACACAAGAAAAAGACUAUGUAUUGUAACAAAAUCCCUAAAGGAUCAAUGGCAAUCAUACGAAAAAAUACCAGUAAAUGGUACGUUGAUGAAUACGAGUUUAAAGACAUGAAAUUAUAUCCCCACACAUAUUGUAGUGGUUUUACAGUAUUCAUAUCUAUAGAUCUCAUACCCAUGUUAUAUCGUGCAGCUAUUGGAUCGCCAUUUUUCUGGGUAGACGAUUUUUUUCUUUUUGGACUUUUACCAUCUAGAAUACCCGGUGUUAUUCACGAAGGUAUAAGACCUAAUUUAACAUUUAUGCCAAAAGAAGCUUAUACUUGCUAUAUACGAUAUGGUAAGAACUGUAAAUAUCUUGUUUUUCCUGCAAAGGAUCGAGAGAUAAGUAAAAUGUGGUUAGCCAUGACACACGAUAGAAAACAAAGUAUAUAUGGGAACUACUAUAUGAAUUUACCAGCCUGAAGCAUGGUAAUAUUAUGAUUAAUAAUAUAUUAUAACGAUGAAAGUACCAUGCUUGCAUUUUACAAAGUAAGAAACAGCUGGAAUUACUAAAGAACAGCGAAAAAUUACAUAUUCCACAUCGAAUGUUGUGUAACGGAUUUAUACCAAAAUAGAAUGAUAAAACAAGAUGUGAACACGAACGAAAUAUGCUGUCAAGAAAUCCCAAAAUACAGAUGAAAAGACAUCACCGAACUCCGUGAAAAAGGAGACCAUAAGUAUCGUCAGGAAUAUCUGCUCAUUGAUUAAGUAUCACCCAUCGUACGGUUUCAUAAUUCUUUUGUGUAACUACUUUGAAAAAGCUGUGACUUUGACUUGGCCUAGCUUUAUGCUAACUUUCUAGAAUAAUCAUCAAUAAUUUGCAUAAUGUUUUCACUAAUUUCAUAUUAACAAUCCAUUAACGAUAUCAACAUUUUUAUUUUAUUAAAUACAGUUUCUCAUAUAACAUAACAAAAAAAAAAACAAUAAAUCAAUUAAUAAAACAAUCAUCUCGUAAUUCAUUCAAGUUAUA